AUGGAAUACACCGACAACAAGCCAGAGGACAAUGCUACUACAGUGACACAGUUUCUCUUUCUUGGGUUUUCUGAACUUCCCAAAGUACAAGGAUUUCUGUUUGGGAUGUUCUCCCUAAUGUAUGUAAUUAUCUUAAUAGGAAAUAGCUUCAUAAUUGUCAUAGUCCUAAUUGACUCUUCACUAAAGAAGCCCAUGUAUUUUUUCCUGGCCAAUUUUUCAUUUCUGGAAAUCUGUUACGUAUCUGUCACCCUUCCUAGGAUUCUGUACAAUCUUUGGACUCAAGAUAGAAGAAUUUGUCUUCUGGCCUGUGGUCUUCAGUUGUUUUUCUUUUUAAUUCUGGCAGCUACUGAGUGUUUCCUGCUGGCUGUGAUGUCCUAUGACCGCUAUGUGGCCAUCUGCAACCCUCUGCACUAUGCUAUUGUCAUGAACCCAACAAAGUGUACUCAGAUGGCCAUUGGCUCUUGGCUCAGUGGCAUCCCAGUCCAGAUAGGACAAACUUGUCAAGUAUUCUCUUUACAUUUCUGUCGAUCUAAUAGAAUAGACCACUUUUUUUGUGAUAUUCCAGCAAUUCUGAAGCUUGCCUGUGGAGACACUUCAAUGACUGAGUUUUCUGUCUAUUUAGCGGUUGUGGGGUUUGUUGUUUUCCCUUUUAUGCUGAUACUUGCAUCUUAUAGUAAAAUCAUUGCCACCAUUCUGAAACUGCCAACAGCCACAGGACGGGCAAAAGCCUUCUCCACGUGUUCUUCCCAUCUGGUGGUAGUGGUUUUGUUUUUUGGUUCAGGAAUCGUUAACUACUUUUGGCCAAAGUCGAUUCAUUCUCCAGUAACUGAUAAGAUACUCUCUCUGUUUUACACAGUUGUGACCCCCAUGUUCAACCCCCUGAUAUACAGUCUUAGAAACAAGGAUGUGGCUGCGGCUCUAAGAAGAGUUUUACUUAAAAUAUCGAGCCAUAGUUUUAUGUACAAGUGA